UCAUUUUUUCAAUCUUUCAUUCUAUCAAUUAAACCAAUAUAACAAAAUGAAUCUGCAAUAUAACAUUAGUCUACUCUAUUUCACUUUAAGGUCCCAGGAUUUACUUCAAAUACUCUGAGAGAUGUAUUGCCUAAAUUCAAUAACUUUUAAAACUCUUCAUCUCCCUUACAACGUGGCUUCCUACACAAAACAGGAUUUCCCUGUUAUUAUUUUCAUGUCCGACUUUAUUGAGGGUGAAGUGCUCCUCAGGGUAUUAACUUUUUUCAUAUUCGACAAGUAAAUGACAAGUUUUGUGUUGAAUUGAAUAAUAUGACUUGUGUGUAUAACUAUAUAUAAAAAUCAAAAGCCCUUGAUCAUGGAAAUGACCAAACUUCUGAAACAUGAUCAUUUGAGCAUUUUCCAAAAAACAAACCGCUCAUUGCUCAUCCUGACUCAUUUACAAUUUUACAUACACUGAAAUCAAAUUUUAUAACUAAAACAAAUCUGUGCAAUAAACUAUGUGGUUAAUAUCUACUCAAUUGCAUUCUAAUUUCUUGUACAUGUAGCUUGUGUUUUUGAUGACCAUGAGAGUGAUGAGAACUCUGACAGCCAGCAAGAUAAAGCAACAGGUAUAUUACGGUAGCGAACAUAUCAUGCCAAAACAAAAUUGUUGAGCACCUUAAUACUAUUCUAUUUAAAGCACACUCAUUUAAUUUGUUCCUCAUGCAAAAAUAUUAAUUACAAUUUUGUGUUCAUAAGGCCCACAGACAGUGGAGAUCAUUACAUUAAAGAGGACACAAAACUUUUACAAAACCUUGAAGACUAUGUUAUAUACUUAAGUACAUCUCUGAAAUUUGUAAUAAUGUCAGGUUAUUUACACAUGCAGGGUCUGCUGAUGAGGAAGUACAUGUAGAUGUAAUCCAGUCGAAAAACAAGAAGGCAGCUUCUGUUCCUAAAGGUAAGCAGCAUCUUUUCUAAAAAUAUUUAACUUUAGUGACAAUAGUUGCAUUGAAAAUCAUUUCCCUUCAUUCUCAAAUUUUCCAAACCUUGCAUAACAUAAUUAAUGAGAAUCAUCAAAUACAUAUAUAAAAAGUUAUUUACCGGUAAUUCUCUUAUCUUGUGUAAGAUCAGGAAACGGUGCAAAACUCUCCAUAGUUGCGACAACAACACUAGUAAAUUAAACAUAAUGAUAUUAGAAAAUAUUAUAAACAAUUUGCAUGGGUUCAUUCUUCCUGGUUCACUGUCAUUUAACUGAAACAUGACUGUACUCAUCAUGACUUGUGUCAAAAGUAAAAAAUCUACAAACCCUCUUUGUCCAAAAUUGUUUUCUUUUGUCUGCUUCUAAAGAAUUUAGUGGGACAAAUUGCCCAAUAAAGCCGAAAACUGAAAGUGAAGUUUGUCUACAUGGCAAAGUUUUUUCAAAAACAACGCUGAACACCAGGAAUGGCUCUGAAGUUUUAGUGAUUAGGGUAAUAAUACCCCAGUUCAGUCCACCUGUUAUGAGGACUUGAUUCACUCAGUUUCUGAGCCCUAAUUACUCAAUGUCAGAGUAAUUAGCAAAUUCAGUGGUUGUUUGGCAUUCCCGCCACCGAGUACACCGACUCGGUUUAUUUGCUUUGUGACCGCAAUGGGUUAGAGUGCGAGUGUGAUAACUCCGUUCAAUUGGUACUUGCGUGACCACAAUGGGUCAUUGUGUUCAAUUCUCUAAAUGGCAAGCGAGUACAGCGACUCCUUUCACUUGAUCGACUGAAUUCAUUUGACUGAGUAGUUUCAUUUUUAAGAUUUGCGCCAGCAGCACUUGAUAUGAUAGAAUAUGCCGUUUGGACAUCAGGCGUCGCGAAAGCUCCAGGAAUGGUGAAUACUUCCCUGAUCACUCUUUGAUGUACGAAAGAUUUAGAAAAGAAAAGAUUGAUCUUGCCUUAAAGUUUGUAGAAUUCACGAUGAAGCAAGAAAGAUUCCAAAUUAAACCACGAAACCACGAGGAAGCAAAGACCCAAGGGUUGCGAAGCGCUGGGAACGCUGGGAACGGGAACCCGUUCGCGACGGGAAUGAUUGAUACAAAUAAACUAUUGUGACGUUUCAAGAUGGCGCAGAUUUGAAAUCGAUCGACUGUACCACUGACAAAUGGCUGAUGCUUUGGGCAUUGGGAAUUGUGCAUUUGGAAGCUAUUGUUUGGUUGUCACUUAAAAGUAAAUCAUUGCAUUGUUCCAUAAUAUGUCCAAUGCCCAAUUACCAACAACAACUUUAUUGACUUUAUCUUCGACAUGAAGAUUUCCAAAACAAUAACAAAUGAAAAAAGUAAAAUAAAAGUUAAGUAAGAAAGAAAUGACUAAUUACCGAAGCAACCUUCUUUGAUUUAGCUGAAAACAAGAAUUGGCACUGCGACUUUGCAGAGCCCUGUGAUCCAUGCGCGGUACCGCUCAUUAUUUAUGUAGGGGUGGGGAGGGAAAAAUAUGUUAGAAAGAUCAAAAUUUCCGUAAGGCCCCCCCCCUGCAGACCAUGUAAAUAGCAAGUGACCCCCUACUUUAUUCAAUAUUUAAGUGGUGAUCCCCCCCCCACCUCAUAUCUCGACAUCCUCUCAUAUGCUCUACAAAGUAAUUAUUAAAAUGCAUGCAUACAAAUCAUGAUUAAUUACUUUGCACAACAAAAGCACUAACAUACUCUAUUACAAAAUCAGCGUAUUGCGUAGACCAGUGUCCAGUUUUUUGUUCACUUCUUUUGGACAAGUUAAGUGUAUACUGUGCAUGCCAAUAUUAUUAACUCAUAAAAGUGUUGUUUUUUAAAAUUAUGGUAAACGUGAUAGAUUUUUACACAUCGUGCCUUAAUGGUGAACACUUAAUGUAAAUAACCAUGCAAAAUAUAAUUCUCUUCAAAUUAUUUUCCUAGAGUUGCAAAAGGACCACUUUCUUGUUGUUUUAUCACGCUCAUCAUAUCAUUGUUGUUUUAUCAUGUUUUUCUUGGGCUAUUGAAGUGACAAGCGUUUUGUGAAAAGAAACUUCAGUCAAACCAAAUAUUAGGGCAGAUAGAUCUGGAUUCUUUAUUAGCCAAAAUUUGGAAUAAGAAUGAAGUUUAUCAUGCUUAUAUCAUCAUUGUUGUUUUACCAUGCUUUUCUUGGGCUAUUGAAGUGACAAGCAUUUUGUGAAAAGAAAUUUCAGUCAAACCAAAUAUUAGGGCAGAUAGAUCUGGAUUCUUUAUAAGCUAAAAUUUGGAAUAAGAAUGAAGUUUAGAGUGCAAACAGAAUUUCUGUCAAAUACAAAACUAAAUUGUACAAAAUAGUGGUGCUUAAAUAAACAAAAAGCAAUAGGAUUAGCAUAAAAAAAAGUACAAUUUAGCAUUACUGUUUCACAUACAUUGUUUGUACUCUACUAUUUAACAGCUUUACCCAUCCUGGCCAAUAGACCCCUCUUAAUAUAUACCUCGUGAUCAAACUGCUGACCCUCCCUAAACUUCUCUAAAAGAAAGUUUAGCCCUUCCCUCUUGUCAAUCUGGAAAAGGCUUGACCCCCCCUUCUUUUUUCCCUCCCCACCUCUACAUAAAUAAUGACCGGUCCCUUAUAAAUCACUUUCGCAAGCAAGGGCACUUCGUGCCCUUGCUUCACUCGGAAUAAUAUUAACAAUUAUUGAAUGAGGCUGAGUGUGAUAAAUUAAUGUGUGCAAUUAUUCAGAUUGAGGAGAAUGAUAUCCACCAAGUCCGUAGGUGGAUAACAGCCUCUCAUGUUUUAAUGGUGCAUGAUAAAACCCUAAACAAAACGGUGUGGAAACACAUUUCAUUCUAAGAAAUAUUAUACUCUUGCUCAUUUAAUAAUUUUACACAAUGUAAAAAACACCAACAUUUUAGCCAAGUCUCCCCAUAUCUCACCAGGCAGUCUCCUUCGGAGCUGUACUUUGCUGUUCUGUGUCCUGGGCCAUAUUGUUCGCCUUGUAAAUUCACAAUGAAAAGAAUCAAUAAAAACAAGUAAAUUAAGUAAGUUGGAAGAAAAUCCAAACCAUAAUGGCUCCAUCAAUUCCAUGCCAACCAUUUGCUUUGUUGUUAUUUUAUUGUAUUUAUUUUAAAUUUUUUUUUUGCUGAAAGAUCUAAUUAAAUACAUGACUGUGGGGUCCACCUGGUUAAGAAUCCCCUACAGUUGGUCUUCAGGAGGGUACGAAUGCCCCACCUACUAAGCUUCAUGGUUCUUUUUCCCCAAGCUAAAAAGUCUUCCACAUAGCCAUUUAUCAUGUCUCUACAUGAUGACAAAAAAACCGCGGGGGGCCACAAUGGCCACAAAAUUAGGGUUUAAAGGAUUCUUCAAUAUUCACAUUUAGUGCAAAUUCAAUUAAUUCACACAUUAGCUUUCAUAAUUAUUAAUAACUGUGUCUUAAGAGACUCAGUAUUCUGACCUAAAAAUUUUUGCAUUUGUUUAGGUACAUCAAGCUCAGGAAAAGAGAAGAAGAAAAGAAUCAAAGGUGAUCAUAAGCCAUGGUCCAAAGAAGAAAAAGAAGCCGUGUUUAGACACCUGAAGAAAUUUAUUAACAAGAAGGCACUCCCUGGUAAGCUCGACUGCCUACAGUGUAUAGAGAAAAGCUCUCCAGUUCUAGACAGUAGGGACUGGACGAAAGUCAAGUAUUAUGUCAAAAAUGUCAUUGCCAGGGCCGAAACACUAAAAAGAAAGGGACAGCAAUAAAGGACAGUUACCAAUCUGCUUUCAGGGAUUCUAAAUAAUGCCCCAAACUUGUGACACAGCUUCUUCAAAUGCCACCUUUAAACACAUGUGGUUGCUUAAAAAUCGUCUACUAUAUUGGCUUGAAUAAACACUAGCUGACCUCAAGUCAGGGGCACAUCAAGAGGUGGAAAUAGUUUGUUUUUGCUAACCAUGGCUGGUAACUGUGACUAACUGCCAUCCUUAUCUUUGCUACCUUUUUAUGAAAGACAUAGCCCUUUCUUUUUCUUAAAGUGAACAUUCAACAAAGAGACCAGCUUAAGCACGAUAUUGCAUAUCAUGAUUAUUACAUAAAUUUUAGUAUUAUUAUGCAAUUAGAAUUUUGCUACAUUGGAAAUGACUCUUUGCAUCUUAAUAUUAUCAUGCCUGGUACUUUAAAGGAUUAUUUAACAUUCUAGUUGUUCAACAGUCCAUAUUAUUUUUCUUGUGUUUUGGGGACUAACCAUAUUAUAACAACAGAUCAAAAAUGCUUGAAGACUGACUGCAUAAAACUUAUUAAUUAUAUAUGUUUAACUACAAUAUUCACUUCAACAGGCAAGACAAGCUGAAUAUAAUACACCAGUUAUAAUACUGAGAAAUUUAAUAACACUAGUGUUACUUGCAGUGGUUCAGAAAUCCAUAUAAGGAGGUUUGAUCAGUUGAAAUUAUCAAGGAUGGAUUGCUAUCUUAUGUAACAGAUACCUAUAUAUAUUCACACAAAAUAUUAUGUUGGUCGUGUCCUUUCUAUUUCCAAGAAUUUCAUUUUCAAAAGAUUCAUAUGACUGACUACUUUAAAACACUCCAUGGACUGCAAAAUUCUGUUUAUUUAUCUGAACAUUGCAAAAUCAAAAGCAUUAAAUAACUCAUUAAACAAAUUGCCUACCAUAAGUACGCACUGCCCUCAACCUGGCCGGUCAGGGCCACAUAAAACCAUUCAAGAACCUGAAAAAAUAUAUAUUUUAAUAAGAAUAGCCAGUAACUGUGUACUAACUGAACACUUAAAAAAGGCCAAAUUAAUCUUAAUUGCUAAUUUUUUUAAGAGAGACAUAUAUAAUUAAGGAAGUAAUUAUACAAUUAUGUAUGUGCGGUGGACAUGGUUGAGAUAGAAGGCAAAAGGCAAAAGGCAAAAGGCAAAAGGCGAAGGUUUCCAGAUAUUGCAGAAGGAAUGAAACUCCUUGACAACAAAAGGAGAAUUAGCUCAACAUCGAUGCCGACCAAAUUAACAAUAAUGAUAACAAUAUUAUUGAACAACUGUUUUUCUUAGUCUGUCCUUGUGGAAACUUAUAUAACCACACACCUUAUCUGCAACUGGGACUGUGUUAAAAAACAAUGUAGUGGGGAAGUCUCUGAAUGACAUAGACAUUCAGGGUGGAGAGAUCUGGAGCAAAUUUAGAGGGAAAUUCAACAAAACAGACCUUCUAGUCACACCAACUAUACAGAAUUGGGGUGAGUUAGCAAACAAAGAGCUUAAAUAGGCAGGUGAUCACCCUCGAUAAAUAACUAGUCUGGGAGAUAAAGUUUUAAAAAAAAAAAUGCCAUUUUGUUUCCUUAAGAAAAGAUGGAACAAAGUGAAUUACAUUUCUAUUAACAUUAUAAAAAACAAGAACAUUUUUCAUUUUCAAUACACAGCUGCAUGUGCAGCAAAAGCAGACCACAGGUUAAAAUAUCUGACGAAGUUUAAGCACCAAAGCUAAAUCCUCUGACUAUUUACUGAAGAAGACAUUUUAGAAACAUAACAAAAGGAUUAAAGGUGCUAUUAUAUAUUAAUCCUUAAACUACCUAUUUUUUAUGGGUAACCCUUAUUCAGAUUUAAACAGUAAACCCACUUAAGGAAAAUUGUCUCACUGACUUAAAGUAUGUACUAGUUUCCAUAUAUUAUUUGUUUCAGUUUCCUAUGACUUUUUCCUUCAGCAAAACAUUUUUUUGUAUGGCUUAAAGACAACCCUCGCAAAUUGUUGCAGGCAACAAGGCAAGAAGUGAAUUCAGCUUCCAUUAUACCACAACAAAAGAACAAAAAAAAAACUGAUUACAAGAGGUUUGACAGCUUAGAACAAACAAAUCCAUGACACUUUUUUAACUACACUGCAUUUAUUAUUAUGCCUGGCAUAGGAGGUUAACUCUACAAUGUUAAACCUACGAUCGCCAAGGCAAACAGUGAUCAAACAACAAGUAGACCUUAAAAGCUGCACCAACAAUACAGAAUUGGGGUGAGUUAGCUGAAACAACCCUUUGUCGGGUGAUAACACUCAAUAAACGACGAGGUGGUGAAGUUUCAAAGACGCUGUUGAGUUCAUUUGUAGAAAGGCCAGACUGGAAGAAAACAGCAACAAAAGGAAUUGAAGAUUGUCUAGAGCCAAUUGAGAAGGAACUGUGUAAGAGGUAUAAAGUACAUGUAAUAACACAUUCAGUCAUUCCACUAUCAAUACACACACAAAAAAAUUGCAGACAUCUUGGAAUACAUGCACUGUGAUAUAAGAUACAUUUCCAAAUCUAUCACCAGACGCUAGACCAGAAACAUAACAAAAGAACAGCACUUUAUGUAACGGCACAAAACAACUAUUUUUGCCCUUGAAUUACUAUAAGUAACCUUAGCUUUUUUUAUUUAAAACUAAUUUUGCUGAGGGAAACUUAUCACACUGACUAAAAGUUUUCUCCAGUUUGAAUAUAUCGUUUGUUUAAGUUUGCUGUUAUAGUAAGACUUUUUCAUUGAGCAAAACAUUUUUUUGGCAUAACUUAAAGACCACCCUCGAAAACAGUUGCAGGCAUCAAGGAGAGCUGUGAAUUUCAAAAUUAAAUUAGCCUUGAAAAUAUUCUCAUUAUUAAACAGAUCACCUGCCUUGUUAGUUUGAAUAUGCACUGCUCUCAACUCAGUCAGGACCACAUACAACCAUUUAAGUUACUUUUGUUAAGCAUGGCCUGUAUAUUAACUAAAUACUUCAAAACAAAAGGCCACCUUCAUGUUUGCUACUUUUUUAAAGAGAGACAUUAUUAAAAUUGUGCAAUUACGUAAUAAUUUAUGCUAUAAUGUGUGGUGGACAUGGUUGACAUAGAAAGCAAAAGGGGACAUAAGGUCUCAGUGCUGUUAACGCCUGAUAUUAAAGGAGCAAUGGACAUCUUAGUCAAGAAAAGACAAGAGGCCAACAUCAAUACAAACAACAAGUUUUUCUUUGCCCGCCCGUCUGAAGACUCAUUGAAUCACAUUCGCCACUGGGGCUGCCUGAGAAAACAAUGUACUGGGCUUAAAUUAAAACAAUCUGAUUUGAUAACAAGUACCCACCUUAGAAAGUAUGUUGCGACGGUUUCCCAAGUGUUAGACCUCCAAGAAAAAGAGUUAGAUUGGCUGGCAAGACACAUGGGACAUGAUAUCAGAGUACACAGGGAAUAUUAUAGACUCCACGAGUCAACCCUGGAGCUAGCUAAAGUCAGCAAAAUAUUGGCACUAGUGGAC